GUGUCCAUCGAAUCGACUCCGAGGCUGAUUCAACAGCUGAAGUGACGCGAUUUGGUUCCUUAUAAUAGGAAAAAACGUUUUUACGUAAAUCUGAAUAAAAACAUUAGUUCAAAAUUAUUGAAAGAUGAAAUCUGAAGAAAUAUUAAGUUUUUGUAAAUAGUGAUUUUUUUUUUUGUGACAAUUAUUAAAGUGCUAAUUAAUUUAAAGUGAGAAAACAGAAUCAAUGGCAGCAGGUCCUUAUAAUUAUUCAUACAUUUUCAAAUAUAUUAUAAUUGGAGAUAUGGGUGUUGGAAAAUCAUGUCUUCUUCAUCAAUUUACGGAAAAAAAAUUUAUGGCUGAUUGUCCUCAUACUAUUGGAGUAGAAUUUGGAACACGAAUUAUUGAAGUUAGUGGUCAAAAAAUAAAAUUACAGAUAUGGGAUACAGCAGGACAGGAACGUUUUCGGGCUGUAACUCGGAGCUAUUAUAGGGGGGCUGCUGGAGCUUUGAUGGUAUAUGAUAUUACAAGACGAAGCACUUAUAAUCAUCUCAGUAGUUGGCUAACAGAUGCAAGGAAUCUUACAAAUCCGAAUACAGUUAUAUUCUUAAUUGGUAAUAAGAGUGAUUUGGAAGCACAAAGAGAUGUAACGUAUGAAGAAGCAAAACAGUUUGCAGAAGAAAAUGGGCUGAUGUUUGUUGAAGCCAGUGCAAAAACUGGACAAAAUGUUGAAGAAGCAUUCUUAGAAACUGCUAAAAAGAUCUAUCAAAACAUUCAAAAUGGAAGUUUGGAUUUAAAUGCUGCAGAAUCUGGUGUUCAGCAUAAACCGUCAGCACCAAGAAAUGCCUUACACAAUGAUCAGCAGACUAAGGAAAGUUGUGCCUGUUAAUUGUCCUCCAAGAUUAAAGUUUUGAUGUAUAGUUGAAGGAUAAGAAUGGAUUCCACAUGUGAGCACUAGAUUGGAAUGAAUGCAUUGACUGUCUUUCGUGGUCACCGGACCAGUCUUCUGCUGCAGGGAACAAUAAAUUGAAUCCUUGGUUUCUCCAUGUGACAUAUCCAUUUGUAUCUUAAAUUACAAAAACUGAUAGUUAAUGUAUAAUGUGAGUAAAUAUUUAUGAUGUAAAUUUUUAGAAAUCCAAUUCUUUCAGAGAACAAAUCUAUUCUCACAAAGAAAAUAUACACAUGAUUUAUUGCUAAGUGAUGUUUUUCCCAAAGAUUUGAUAUGGCAGUUGCAAAUUUAAAAUCCUGGAUUGCUAAUUUAUAUUAGAUAUCUAUUAAAUUGGGUUUUCUGAAUUCGUAUUUAAAAUUUAAUUAAAGAAGGAAAAAAAUUACCAUAUUUCUCCAAAUAAAUAAAAUAUAAAAAUAUCAAAAAAAUUAUUCCUUCCUUGAAAAUAUUUGGGAGUUUUUUCUUAUUGAAUUUUGAGAGUUCUAUAAAUGUUACACUUUAACCUGGCUGCUUUAGUAUAAUGCUAAAAGUGCAGCCUAUAACGAUAGUAUAUGUUUCUUCAGUAGUAAUUUUAUUCUAUGUAUCUCUACACUAAAUAAUAGAUAGUCAGGCUCACUGUAUUCAGUAAUAUAAACUGCUUUUUGUACAGUAGUGUGGAUUUACUGUACUGUUCCAAAUAUGUAUAAUAUGUAAAAGAGUAGAUAGUGAAAAAUUUUCUACUCUAGUUGUAUGCAGAAAACUGUGUCUACAGAUUUGAAAAGUUGUAUUAAAUCAUUCGUGUUUGGGAAGAAAAACUGACUUUUAAUUAUUGCUUCAAAUAUGGUAAAUUUUUUUACUUCAACAAUUCCAAUAACUGAUUAACUUAGAGUUGUAAAUUUUAUAAUUUUUCAAAUUUUAUUUUUUUUUUGAGUUAUUAAAGAUUGUUUGAAAAUUUAUCUGUAAUUGUUAUUUAGACAUUCUAUUGCUUCUAUUUUUCUAUAUAAGUAACAGAAAGAAUACCAGUUGGUCUUGAAAAUUUCGAAGAAAAAUUAAUGCCAAAAAAGUUGCUGUGACAUGUAAAUUUUAUCAUAAUUUGCACGUGUUGUUUAAACAUUUUGUUUAAAAAAUAUAGCUUUAUAUAGUCUAUACACAUUACUUCAUAAAGUUUAUUUUGAAGAACUUCUAUUACACAGUAGGUCAAAUUUAUUUAUAUUCUGUGAUAUAUUAUUAUUUCUGUCCAUCUUGACUCUUUUAGUUUUGUAAUUGUUAAGGAAAAUUUAUGCACUUAUAAAAUGCACAUUAAUUUAUGAUUGCUACAAGAUUUGAACUCCUGCCAGGUAAUAUGUGCAAUCUAUACAACUGGCAUUUUUAGAAUUGUAAAUAUAAAGCUUACUGUUAUUAAUUCGACUUGUAAAUCAUAUUACUGUUAUUUUUAAACGGAAACUUAGAAAAUAUGUACAGUUAGCUCGUAGUCGAGUGAGUCUACGUCUAGGAGGAAGAAUAAAAAAAAAACUUAAUCCCUACACCCUUAUCAAUAACAUUGUUAUAUCAUUAAUAAAUCAUAUUUUAUCAAAAAAUAUAGCUAUGGUUAGUAUGUAGAGUAUACAUUAGAUUUCUGUAUUGGUGAUAUAUUUAUGGAAAUUUUUCUUAUGAGCAAAACAAUGUUUAAUAUAUCUAUUUGUCGGUGUAUUUUAGAGCGUGAACGAUCGUUUGUGUUUAUGUAUAUUAACUCUUUAUCACACUUAAUUUAAAAAUAAAAAUUAGAUUGUGUAAUAUAUACGAACAGCGUCAAGUAAAAAGCAUUUUCUGUUACGUACCUGUUUAAAUUUUGAUAAUUAACAGAUUUCGGGCACAGUGAUUAAUUUUUGAUCUACUGUGUAACAGAUUUUCCAAAUUGAGAAUAAUUAUUGUUUUUCUGUGUGAAAGUUUUGAAAAUUGUCAGAUUGGUGAAUGAAUAUCAUACUUUAAAUAACAAUAAAAGAAGCAAACAAAAUGUAGAAAUGAUUUUGUUAUUGGUAAACAAUUGUUUCUUCUAUUGCUUAUAAACAGGAAAUAAAAUACUGAAUUUAGAAUUAUCUUAAAUGAAAAUCAUUUAUAAUUAAAAACGAGAUUUUUUUUAAAUGUUAAUCUAUUAAGAAAUUUUAAUGAUUUCUAAUGUAGAACGGAUUUCGUAAAUAUUUUUCUUUCUUAUCGUAGCCGUCGUAGAACUUUUUGAUCCUCCUUCCCGGUAUUUGUAAUUUCUUUCAUGUUAAUCGAACUUGUGUAUAAUAUCCAUA